AUGCCUCACAGAUUGAGCAGUGUGAUUGUUGAAAACCAAGGUUGCAGUUUGGGACAGUGGGAAGGAAAAGACCAUUGGUAUGGAGGGAAGAUCCAGUCUCAGCACAUCCUCCAAGUCCACGUGCCAGAUAACCUUACCUAUGAUAAAGUCAGCUCAGCACAUCAGGAAUUCUUAAUAUCAAGUGUUCUGCAAACAUUGAAGCAUGGUACUCCCACAUCAACCCGCCCUACAUCCCCUGCUCCAUUGGCCAUACCACCCAGAAGCAAGAUCAGCUUCUUCCUGACCACAUUUGCAGUAAUGCUCAACGAGCCAUAG